AUGAAUUCUACUUAUACACAUGAAAUUUUUUAUCCUGAAAUUUUAGAAACUCAUUCAAUAAAUACUUUAUCUGAAACUUUUGAACAACUUAAAUCAUUAUAUCAAAAUGAUGAUAAUAGUGAUACAUAUUCUUCAAAUGAAUUACCAUUACAAUCUUAUAAUGAAAUUUUGACAUCAGCUCAAAUUGAAAAUUUUCGAUCAAUAUAUGAUAAUAUUAAAGAAGAAAAUGAAGAUGAGGAGCAAAAGAAAAUAGAAACCUUUUAA